AAAUGAUCCUUCAUAGAAAGAUAGCUCAUCUUCUUAUUUCCCUCUUCUGUAACUCUUACUGAAAGGAAACCAACCUCUCACAAGAGGACACUUGGUUUUAGCAGGGUUCUCUGCCAGGGCCUGGAGACACAGGCCGCCCCUUGCCACCCUCUCUGGACCCGCUGUCCGCUGCUGACAGUAUUUCACUUGUCCUUUUGGUUGAAGACCCAGUCAUUACUUCCUCUUAGAAAGCUAUUUUUAGCUCGAACGCGUCUAUUCCUGCACAGACAAGAUGACCUUUCUCAGGGGAGGAAGCUGCUCUCUGCAGGAUAAGAGGCGGUGCAGGCAGGGUUUCCUGUGGAAUCUGGAGGCCCGAGCCCAGCCCCGUCCCCACCAUGCAGCCAAGCGCAGCGACUCAGCCCUGGCGUCCAGAUGGGCCAGGGACCCACGGCAAUGCCAGAAAACCUGCAGAAGAACUGGCUUCGGGAGUUUUAUCAGAUCGUCCACGCCCACAAGCCGCACUUCCUGGCCCUGCACUGUCAGGAGUUCGGAGGCAAGAACUACGAGGCCUCCAUGUCGCACGUGGACAAGUUUGUCAAAGAACUACUGUCAAGUGAUGCGAUGAAAGAGUAUAACAGGGCUCGUGUCUACCUGGAUGAGAACUACAAAUCCCAGGAGCACUUUACGGCACUAGGAAGCUUUUAUUUUCUUCACGAAUCUUUAAAAAACAUCCACCAGUUUGACUUUAAAGCUAAAAAGUAUAAAAAAGUUACUGGCAAAGAGAUCUACUCAGACACGCUGGAGAGCACGCCCAUGCUGGAGAAGGAGAAGUUUCCGCAGGAGUACUUCCCUGAGUGCAAGUGGUCCCGGAAGGGCUUCAUCCGGACAAGAUGGUGCAUUGCUGACUGUGCCUUCGACCUGGUGAACAUCCAUCUCUUCCAUGAUGCAUCCAACCUGGUGGCCUGGGAGACGAGCCCGUCAGUGUACUCGGGGAUCCGGCACAAGGCGCUUGGCUACGUGCUGGACAGGAUCCUUGACCAGAGGUUCGAGAAAGCGUCCUACUUUGUCUUUGGCGAUUUCAACUUCCGAUUGGAUUCCAAAUCUGUCGUGGAGACUCUCUGUACGAAAGCCACCAUGCAGACCAUCCGGGCUGCCGACACCAAUGAAGUUGUGAAGCUGAUAUUUCGCGAAUCAGACAAUGACCGGAAGGUCAUGCUCCAAUUGGAAAAGAAGCUCUUUGACUACUUCAACCAGGAGGUUUUCCAGGACAACAACGGCACAGCGCUCCUAGAAUUUGACAAAGAGUUAUCUGUCUUCAAAGACAGGUUGUAUGAACUGGACAUCUCGUUCCCUCCCAGCUACCCGUACAGCGAGGACUCCAGCCAGGGCAGGCAGUACAUGAACACCCGCUGCCCCGCCUGGUGCGACCGUAUCCUCAUGUCCCCAUCUGCCAAGGAGCUGAUCCUGAGGUCGGAGAGCGAGGAGAAGGUUGUCACCUACGACCACAUCGGGCCCAACGUCUGCAUGGGAGACCACAAGGGAAGAGAUGUCAGCGCAGAGAGAGGCCCCUUCGAGAGACCACCCUGUAGCCAGGAGGGACGGAGGGAGCAGGAUCCUGAAACACAUACUCUUAACAGCUGCAUCGAUAGACCCGCCGAGCGCCACCUGCUAGACGCCGGCCCCACACUUCGCUUCAGCCUCCGGAACGUUCCGGAAAAGCCUCACAUACCUCACUGUCUUGUCUGUUCAUGUGACAUUAAGUAGAAAUAUUGGGUUUUUUAAAUAAGUUACAGUCCUGUUGCCAAAACUCUAAUAGACAGCAAGGAAAUUCUGUAUUUUAGAUUUCUCAAGUUUUCAAUUUUUAAUAACCGUCAGCGUGGAAGAGCUCCUCCAGCAGACGCCCCUCAGGGGUCAGCGUCCUCGCUGCCAGUCGGAGGUGCCGGGGCUCCGCUGCCCCAGGCCGCGGCCGUCACUCCCAGUUGCCCCGCCGUGCUAUUUACUGCCAUGUUACAUGGGCUCCCGAUCACACGCAGCUGCUUUCCAUUUUAUACAUAAAUAUAUAUAUAAAUAUAUACUUUUUAAAAUAAUUUAUAAAUCUUACCAAAACAUAUGCUAAGUACCUUCCAGUGUGAGCGCUUGCAAGCGUCUGUCAGCAGGUAGAAUCGGAGUCUAGCAGUCCGGUGACGUGUCUGCCAGCACACACGUGUACAGAGCCUGCCCUCUGACCUCUGACCCAGCUGUGCACCGUGGCCCCGCCUCCACAGCACCCCCACUGCAGCCCCUGACCUGGUCCUCUCUCUCUAACAUUAAGAACUGAAUGUGAAGUUUUUAGCUAGGCUUGGGUGUACCUUUUAAGAAUUUUGUAAACUGUUGCGUUUGUCUUUUGUUACCGUUUUAUGGUGCCAAGUAUUCUUCAUUAAAACAGUAAUAUCAUGGCAGAAGUAAAAAUAGCCUAGUCUGCUCCCGGUAGAAACUGCUUUAGCAUGGGCUGUAUAUAAAAUAUUCAGAGAAACAAAACUGUAAAUGUCUGCCCAGCUGCCAACGACCUAUGUAUGCCCUUCGUCGCAGAUGUUUCUCUCGCACUAAGUACAGCGUUAGACGGUGAAACACAGACGUGCGUUUAUUGAUUUCAUUUAGAACACUACAGAGUCCCUGGACUGCCUGAUGGCAUUAGACUGGCACUUGUCUGACAGGACUCACUACCAUUGCAAACGACUGGCCAUCCACUUGCCAGCUUUGUGUUGGGAACGAUGCGGUCGGUCCAUGUAAGUGCUGCGUUCACGGCUCGUCAGCACGCCACGCCACUGUGAGCAGGCUCAGCUCGUGGGCACCCUGAAGGCCUGUAGAAGUGACUGCUCCGGUUCCUAAGCAAUAAAAUUGAUCAUGGUGAA